CCAGCCAAUGCCUUUCCAGUCGCGGUGGUAGCAAGACGGCGACGAAGCUUGCCUGUUCAUGUGAGUAGUAUGAUGCCAACGUAGACGAGAGUCUGUAGAUGCUACAGAUACAGCAAAGAGGAAGGCCUCGAUGGACUGUAGUGGCAGCCACCUCGAUCGAGUCCCAGGGUAGGGCUCAGCCAAAGAGGGCUCGCAAAUGAUGAUAACACCAACACAUUACAAAGAUCAAGCUCAACAGUCUAACCCAGAGAUGGGGGUGACGACACAAUUCUGCAAUACUGAUACGCUCUUGAGGACACAAGAGGGCAGGAAAGGAAGGGGCGACAGGCAUCGGAGAGACACUGCCACGCUGGGCCCCUCAACCUCGGUACUGACUAUCGUACGCGCUCCUCUGCACGCCGCCCUUCAUUAGACUCGUCGCAUCACACCCACCAUCUCGACCACUCUUCCGCCUCUCCAAGAUGAUCAUUCCCGUCCGUUGCUUCUCCUGCGGCAAGGUCAUCGGUGACAAGUGGAACGCCUACUUGGCGCUUCUGCUCGGUGGCAUGGAAGAAGGACCUGCAUUGACCGAGUUGGGACUCAAGCGGUACUGCUGUAGGAGGAUGGUCCUCACGCACGUUGAUCUGAUUGAGAAGCUGCUGCAAUACAACAUUCACGAGAGAAGGAACGUGUAAGCCAAUUCUCUAUCCGAACCUCCCUUCCGCACCCAACUCAUCACGUCCCCAUUGUGGCACGUUGUACAUUAUGUUUCGUUCCAACACAAUACCAUGA